AGAUUUGAUUGCUAUGGUCAUCCCAAGCUAAUUAUAAAAUCCUUCCUACAACGCCCGAUCUGAAAUUGAAUAUUAUCGAAACCCUUCUUUGCAAUUUGUUUAAAAUUUUUUUAAUAUAAAUACCUUGGCUUUUUAGUUUUUUUAGCUACUGAAUUUUUAAUCUUUAUAUAACAUACAUAUACCAACAAUGAACGACUACAGCCUAAAUAACAACUUUGAAGACGACGUGAAUUACAUCCCUGGGUUUAUUUGCUUAACAUCAGAAGAAGACGAUUAUCAAUAUGAUGAUGACUAUAAUCACGAAGAAGAAGAAAUCUACUAUAACUGGAUAGAUGAUAGUGAAUGUCAAGAAAACUUACCCACCAUCUUACCACUGAAUCCAGAAGAAUGUAUAAUUGAUAGCGAUAAUCAUAUCCGUAAUAUGGAUGGUAUUCAGCUAUUUUUUGAAGAAAUCGGCAUCAUUUACGAUGAACCUGAGCCUAUUGAUCCAACUCGUGAUUAUGACUCUGAAGCAAGAAUAUUAAUAGAAAAGCGUGAUCAAACACGAAAGAAGCACAUUGAUCUUUCGCCGAUGCCAUCACUUGACGAUGGCAACACUACUACCACCACUACUACAUCCGCUUCAUCAUCAUUUCAUCAUUCAAAUGAGCAGUUAAUAUCCAUUGAUCUGCGGUCUGAAUCUUUUGAUAAACCAUCCAUGGCUGCUUACGCAUACUCUCCUCAUACAUUCAACUCUACUAUUAAUUAAUUUUCAUCCUUUUGCAUCAUCUUCAUAUUCCCCCAACCACCCCUCUUUUUAAUAAAUUUUUUUCUUUAUUCAUUUCGGACUCUAAAUCCUAAU